AUGGCUUUGUACGGCGUUCCGAGGAUGGCAUCGAAAGCGUGGCCGUCGCUUGCGGCUUCUCCAGCGUUACCUUGGAGGACCUCGGUCCCGGCAAGGAAAGCAAGUUUCAACGCCGCCGCCCAUGGCCUCCAGGCAGCAGCUGUCUCGCCGCGUUCCGCUCUCCCCGCCAUGCCGACGCUUUCCAGGGCGCUGUAUACUCGGAAUGGGGCGACGUGGCUGACGCGUGUCGGCCUGCGUGCCAGCAGCGACCCUGCUUUCUGCUACCCUCAGUUUCGAUGGCUGGGCUCCUCGGUGGCAAACGGGCCGUGGACAUCAUCCGGCGCAACCGGCGUGGGGGCAAGAAGGCCCGUGGCCGUGACGCCGACGCAGAGAAGAGGGUUUGGCAGAGGGUUUGGCUGGCUCGGCGGCGUUUCGCGCAAUCAGCUGGCGACGGCGGAGCAGUCGGCAAACCGCAACCCCGGCAACGCAAACGCGCAAAACGUCUUUUACCAACUCCUCUUGAGAGCCAACAUGCCCGGGAUACUGGUCGAGCGUUAUCAAUCCGGCAGGUUCGCCGCCAACGCCGCCACGCAGCACGUCUACGGCAAAGCCAUGGCCGCGUUGAAUGUUCAAACGAAUGCAGCCGCCGGCAACGCGUCCACCUCGGCCGAACCGGCCAAGGGAAAAGAUGACGCUGCUGCUGCUGCUUCUGGCGGCGACGGCUCGUCCAAGGGCGGCAAGAGCGAACCGAUCCACGUCAUUGUCCGGGAAUCCACCCGGCUCGUCGUCUUCCGCUGGGUCAAGUUCUUCGCCUCGUUCCUCCUCUUCACCUAUCUUUGCUUCGUCGUGGUCGCGCUGCUGGUCGAGGCGCUGAGCGCCAUUCGGCGCCCUGCCGGCGCCAAGGCCGAUUCCGAGGUCAAGGCCGAGAAGCAGAAGACGCGGUUCGGCGACGUUCACGGAUGCGACGAGGCCAAGGAAGAGCUGCAGGAGGUGGUCGAGUUCCUGCGGAACCCCGAGAACUUUUCCGACCUGGGGGCCAAGCUGCCCAAGGGCGUGCUGCUGGUUGGACCGCCCGGCACCGGCAAGACGUUGCUGGCGCGCGCCGUCGCCGGCGAGGCUGGCGUGCCCUUCUUCUACAUGUCCGGCAGCGAGUUUGACGAGGUGUUUGUCGGCGUGGGAGCCAAGCGGGUGCGCGAGCUGUUUGCCGCCGCCAAGGCCAAGUCGCCCGCCAUCAUCUUCAUAGACGAGCUGGACGCCGUCGGUGGCAAGCGCAACUCCCGAGACCAUGCCUACGCCAAGCAGACGCUGAACCAGCUGCUCACCGAGCUGGACGGGUUCGACCAGGACACCAAGAUCAUCAUCAUGGCCGCCACCAACCUGCCCAACCUGCUCGACAAGGCCCUGACCCGGCCGGGCCGCUUCGACCGCCACAUCACCGUGGAUCUGCCCGACGUCCGCGGCCGCCUGGCCAUCCUGAAGCACCACGCAAAGAAGAUCAAGGUCGCCCCCAGCGUGGACCUGGGCGCCGUCGCCGCCCGGUCGCCCGGUCGAUCCGGCGCCGAGCUGGAAAACAUGCUCAACCUGGCCGCCCUGAGAGCCAGUAGGGCCAGGGCCACGGUGGUGACCAAGGAGGACAUGGAGUGGGCGUUUGACAGGGUCACCAUGGGCGCGGAGAGGAGGUCCAUGGUUGUGACGGAGAAGGAGAAGGAGAUGACGGCCUACCACGAAGCCGGGCACGCCCUGGUCCAGCUCUACGAGAGGGAGAGCUCCAGCAGGCUGUACAAGGUGACCAUCCUGCCCAAGGGCCCGUCCCUAGGCCACACCGCCCACGUGCCGCAGAUGGACAAGUACUCGUACACGGCGGCCGAGUACAUGGCGAAUAUCCGAGUCUUGCUGGGCGGGAAGAUGGCCGAGGAGAUGAGAUAUGGCGACGACAAGGUCACCUCUGGCGUGUCCAAUGACUUGGAAAAGGCUACGGAUCUGAGCUUCAUGAUGAUCACCAACUUUGGCAUGUCCAACGCCCUCGGCCCCGUGGAAUACAGCCGGAGAUACGAAAACCUCAGCUCCGAGACCCGCUCGCUCAUCGAGCGAGAAGUGCAGCGCACGCUGAAGAAGUCGUACGAGGACGUCCGGCAGCUCCUGACGGAGAAGCGCAAGGAGCUGGACCUCCUGGCCCAGGCGCUGGUCAUGUACGAGACGCUGGACAAGAGGGAGGUCGAGAUGGUGAUUCGGGGGGAGAAGCUGCCCGGCCGGGCCAUCGUGUCCCGGGGGCCCUUGGUGCUGCCCAUGCCGACCGAGGCGCCGCAGCCCCCGGGGCUGGGGACCGUUCCGCACCCUCGGCCGCCGCAGCCGGAGGCGCCGCCUCCGGCCCGAGCAGCUUCCCGUGUGGCAGACAGCUGA